GCGAUAUCUCCGUGAUUGUCAGACCUUUCCACGUGAUGUGGGUACUGGGCAGAAUAAUUCACUGCGGCUUCGAAUCGCUAGACGUCUCUCUAACGCUCCAUGUGGCCGAGUGGUGUCUGAAAACAUCAACAUGGAAAUGUUGAAGAUAGAGCAAGUCAUUGUUGGGAGUGAGAAGAGAGCCACUUCAGCUGAGAUCAAGUCAGAGCCCGGCGUCGCCCCUCCGCAAUCCUAUCAGCAUGAGAGUCUGCAGUGUUUUCAGUGCUUCAUCACUUUCUGUAACUCCAAAGCCAAGGAAAGACACAUGAGGAAGAGUCAUCGGGACCAGUACAAACAGCAUCUGCAGCAGACUGAUACGGUCUUCACUUGCUAUAAGUGUGACAAGAGCUUCUCCUCCUCUGAUGAGCUCAGCCAGCACCAGGCCACCCACAGCAGAGAGGAGAAGCCCUUCCUUUGUCCUUACUGCCAGAAAAACUUCUUUACCUUCACUGAGCUGAACAAACACAGGCGACAUGAGUGCAUAGAACGACGGUGUCCCUGCAGGGACUGUGGCGCCUUGUUCCCCAGUCCUUCGCGCCUUCGCAUGCAUCGCAUCGCUGUGCACCCUCAUGACUCCAUAGUGUCUGAUGAUGUCAACACCUACCAAUGCUGCAAAUGUAGUCGUGGUUUCCCGACAGAAGAAGAGCUCAUGCAGCACCAGGAGAGAUUUGCCAAUGAUAUAAACUGUGACGUUAAGCCACAAGGCAAAAAACGGGGUUGUAAACCCAAAUACGCAGCACAAAGAGGAAGGGUUGAGAGCAAGAAGAUCAAACAAGAAGAGGGAGCAGAGGGAUGCCCCUCCAAUGAGCUGCAACCGGAGCUCAAGAUUCCUUGUUCUGAACCAAAUUGUGACCUUUUAUUCCCUUCCGUUGCAGCCCUGCGGGCACACAAAAGGGAGGCACAUGCGCUUCCCCCUUGCAAUGCUCACACAUGCACAGAGUGUGAUGAGAGCUAUGCUCGGCCUGAGCAGCUCAAAGCACACAUUGCCAGGGAUCACCACUCUGAAUACACCUGCCCGACCUGUGGAAAAAACUUUGCACAAGAGAGCACCCUAAAGAUCCACGAGAACACCCACACUGAGGAGGCAGCAGAAUUUAUUUUAGAUAAUAUAUGGGGAAAUGACUAACUUCAUCCUACACCAUUCAGUUAAAUGAUUGUCAGAGUCUUUCAUACCAUAUUCUGUUUAGUGUAGGUAGAAUGUUUUUAUGUGAACGUUUUAGUUUUUGAAGCAGAAGGUUUCUGAAACGUGUAAUAAAAGUUGAUUCUGAAAUGCUGUUUUCAAUUGCUUUUAGAAAGACCCCCUACACUAUAUACAGAUCUGAACAUAAUUGUGAUUUAUAUCCACCAUAAACUUGUGUCGUAAGGCCCUUUUUGCUGUCAAUAUUACCUCUACUGUACUUGGAUUGUUUUUAACAAAAGAUUUUUUUUUUAUUAAUGUAGACUAACUAGCUAAUUCUCCCUCAAGUGUGGGAAUGUUUUGUAUUUAACUGUACUAUUUUCAGGAUCUACACAAGUGAGAAUUACACGGAGAAUGUGAGUCCUAAAAAUCUUGAAAUCCAAAAUCUGCUAAAUGAGCCAGUUUAUAGGACUCUGUACUAAGGGACUUCAAUAAGGUCAUCUG